GAGCUGGGUGAGCAUCUCCUCUGCCCAUUUAUCAGGCGGGCUGUUCCUUGCGGGCUGUGCACCCCUUUCAGCUAAACACAGGCUGGGCCACCUUUGGGCGUGUUGCCUGGACUCGAUGAUUCCAUGCCCUUGAGGAUAAAAACUGGAGGUAAAUCCCUAAUUUACUGCAGGAAAUCACUGCAGUUCACACCAGGGGUGUCGUUGCUUGCAAGAGCUGAGGCCACAUAAUGGCAGUCCCAGUGAGGGGCUCUUUGGCAGCUUUUCUGGGUACAGAAUCGAGGCUGGCCAUAUGAGAUUGUGGGAAGCCCUCCAGUCCAGCCUCAGCUCCGGGCCGUUACUGUAUCGUGGGGCAAACCAACCUGCCUCCCUCAGAGGGCUGGCGCCAGGCCCACGAGGCCCCCAGCAUGAGCGGGCGGCGGGCAGCUCAUCACUGGUGCCCGUCUGUGUUUCAGGCCCAGCUGAGGCUUCCUUCCCGAGACGAUGGCAGCCCUUCACACGACUCCGGAGUCCCCAGCCACCCAGCUGCAGAGGGCGGAGGACGGGUCGGAAUGUGACCCUGAUCAUGAGGAAGAAGAGGAAGAGGAAAAUGGGGAAGAGAUGGAGGAGAUAGAGGAGGAGGAGGAGAUGCUGGUGGUGGAGGAGGAUGAGGAUGUGACGGAGGUGGUGGAGGAGCUGGAGGCAGAGAGGGUGCAGGCAAGGCAGGUGGAACAGGUGCAGGUGGAGGAGGACAAGGACGUGGCAGAGGUGGUGGCAGAAGAACAGAGUCCACCGUUGGGGACCCAGGAACGCCUUAGCUUUGAUGGUGAUGCCGAGUCCCCAGUUCUUCAGGGAAAAGCCCUGCAGGCCUCCCAGGCUCCAGCCACACCUCGGGAUGAGGACCUGGAGCAGGAGGAAGAGGACGAGGAGGAAGAAGAGGAGGAAGAGGAGGAGGAUGAUCUCCUGACAUCUGGGUCUCAGGGGCUGGUGACCUUUGAAGACGUCGCUGUGUAUUUCUCCUUGGAGGAGUGGGAAAGGCUAGACAUGGAGCAGCGGGCACUCUACAAGGAAGUCAUGCAAGAAAACUAUGGGAUUCUGGUGUCCUUGGGAUACCCAAUCCCCAAGCCGGAUCUGAUCUUCCGGCUGGAGCAGGGAGAGGAGCCUUGGGUCCCAGAUAGCCCCCGUCCUGAGGAGGGAGACAUUGUCACUGGUGUCUACACAGGGGCCUGGUUCUGGACAGACGACAUGGAGGACCACGAGGAGGAGGACGACGAGGACUUCCUGGCAGAGGUGGCUGAGGAGGAGAACGAGCCCCCUGGACUGUGGUCAGCGGCCUACGGUGUGGGGGAUGUGCCUGGGACGUGGGGCCCCGACGACUCGGAUUCAGCUCAAACUCCAGAGGGAUGGGGCCUCGACCCCAGCGUCCUGGUGGAUGGAGCCGAGGCGAAGCCUUUUCUGCCGGGCCGGGAGCCUGGUGCAAGCUUGCUGGCGCCCUGGGCCUUCCCAGCCGCGGUGGCUGCUCCCACCGGGCGGCCGGAGACGACUUGUGAUGUGUGCGGCAAAGUGUUUCCGCACCGGUCACGGCUGGCCAAGCACCAGCGCUACCACGCGGCCGUCAAGCCCUUCGGCUGCGACGAGUGCGGCAAGGGCUUCGUGUACCGCUCGCAUCUGGCCAUCCACCAGCGCACACACACCGGCGAGAAGCCCUUCCCGUGCCCGGACUGCGGCAAGCGCUUCGUGUACAAGUCGCACCUGGUUACGCACCGGCGCAUCCACACGGGCGAGAGGCCCUACCGCUCAAAUGUCAAUGUAGCAUCUCCCAGCAUUGCCAAGGAGAAGUGGAAGCCCCCAGUGACCCGUGAGAUGUGA